CCUCCCUCUCUAUAUCUCUCUUCUUUCUCUUUCCUCUCUCCAUGAUAUACCACUCAUUGAGUGUGGUAAAAUGAGUGGUGACCACUCCCUCCAGCCUAAUGUGCUAAAAGAAGCUGAGACGCAAUGCGUGUGUCAUCUGCUAAUAGGUCGAGUGUAGAACUGUGCGAAUUGCACAGAAACAUAGCAGCCUUUUUUUCAAAGUACUGGUCCCACGAUACAAACUAAGAAGUCAGUCCAUCGGAACACAAAAGUCAAUGUUGGCGAAUGCCAUCUUGAUUUCUGAUCUGAGAGGAGAAGCAGAACAUUUCACCCAAAAAUCGUAGUACUCUUACGCGUUCUUAUUAAAAAAUCGCAGUUACUUUCAAUGGCUGAAUAUGUCAUCAACUUUAUCUGCAUCAGCUUACAAACGUUUACCAGUUCAAGCUUUCUCCUUUUUUUUACCUCUUCUCUUCUCAAAAUCAACACCCACCCAAGUUUACCAAAGAACAUUCAACAAGGUUCGCCUAAUAACACAGACCUGUCAACCACCCUCAUAAUUUGUCAACGGAUAUCUAAAGGCGUACCCAUGUGAACACAGUGUAAGGAAAUUAUACCCUGAUUUGGCAUAUAACUUUUUGCACGCAAACCGUUGGAUUAAAUGCCUCUUCGAAGUGGUGGAUAGUUUGGAUAUUUGGAUAAGUACAAGUGUUAACUUUUAAGGAAUAUUUGGGGAUUGUGUCCACUCAACAUUCUCGGGAUGUCCGACUCAAGGUUUUUAUUGUUCAGAGUGUUCUGGGCCAUGAGUUUGUUGCUUGUCGUUACAGAUUGUCAAUCUACUCAUCCUGCUGAAGUGACAGCACUGCAGCUUAUUAGGGAUAGCUUUAGCGAUCCAGGCAAUAGUCUGAGCGACUGGAAUCGUGGAGAUCCAUGUUCAUCAAAUUGGACUGGGGUUUUGUGCUUCAACAGAACCCUAGACGACAGCUAUCUUCAUGUCAGAGAACUGCAACUACUGAAUCUCGACCUUGGAGGAACUUUAUCUCCAGCCCUCGGGCGCUUGUCUUAUAUGGAAAUAUUGGAUGUCAUGUGGAACAACAUAGUUGGGAGUAUACCAAAAGAGAUAGGCCAACUUACAAAUUUGGAACUCUUGCUCUUGAAUGGAAAUCAACUAACAGGAUCCUUGCCAGAAGAGAUUGGUUAUCUCCCUAAUCUGGAUCGAAUACAAAUUGAUCAAAAUCACAUAUCUGGUUCAAUACCUGUGUCAUUUGCAAACUUGAACAAGACAAAGCACUUCCAUAUGAACAACAACUCACUUAGUGGACAAAUUCCUCCUGAGCUAUCUAGAUUACCAUCACUUGUUCACAUGCUUCUUGAUAAUAACAACUUAUCAGGCUCUCUUCCUCCACAGCUCAGUGAACUGCCAAACCUGCUUAUACUUCAACUUGAUAACAACCACUUUGAAGGAAACAUACCUCCCUCUUAUGGCAACAUGCUUAAGUUGUUGAAGUUGAGUUUAAGGAAUUGCACCUUGCAGGGACCAAUCCCUGAUCUUAGCAGGAUAUCCAAUCUUGCUUAUAUAGACCUGAGCAAUAACAAUCUUAAUGGGUCCAUACCACCCAUGAAUCUUUCUGAUGAUAUCACAACAAUAGAUCUGUCAAGGAAUCAGCUUACUGGAACAAUUCCUCCCAGCUUUUCAGGCCUUCCUAACCUACAAAGAUUGUCUCUUUUCAACAAUUCAUUGAAUGGCUCAGUUCCAUCCAACAUUUGGCAAAACAGGACUUUCAAUUCGACUGAAUCACUUACCUUGGAUAUGCAAAACAAUAGGCUUUCAGGCAUCUCAGGCAGCCUUACCCUCCCUCCAAAUGUCACCCUUAGCCUUCAAGGGAAUCCUGCAUGCACAAAUGCGAGCAUCAGUGUGGAAUUUUGUAACUCUCGUCCAAUUGCAUUAGUCAGUCAUCUACAGAGCGUUCCAUCGAAUUCAACCGACAAUUGUCCCCCUCAAUCAUGCCCAUCUAACUAUGAAUAUGCUCCAGGCUCGCCUACUCCCUGCUUCUGUGCUGCACCAUUGCUUAUUGGUUACCGAUUAAAGAGUCCCGGAUUCUCAGAUUUUCGACCAUAUUUCUACUCAUUUGAGGUGUAUUUAACCUCGGGUCUUGAAAUAAACCAUUUUCAACUUGACCUUACUUAUGAAUGGCGAAAGGGUCCUCGAUUACAGAUGUAUUUGAAGAUUUUUCCUGUCUAUACACCUACACCUAAUUCUAGUAUCUUCAAUAGGAGCGAAAUCCUCAGGAUCCGAAGCUUGUUCACGCAAUGGAAAAUUCCAGAUAGCGAAAUUUUUGGACCUUACGAGCUUCUCAAUUUCACACUAGUUGGCCCUUACGAAGAUUUUAUUCCCCCUCCCCCCUCGUCUUCUGGUAUAAGCAAGGGUGCUGUUGCGGGAAUCGUGGUAGGGGCAAUUAUAGGUGCGGUUUUAGCCUCUGUGUUCAUAGCACUUUAUAUCCUAAAAUUGCAACGGAGAAAGUACCACGCAGUUUCAAGAAAACGUCAUGUUUCCAGGGCGUCACUUAAAAUUGAAGGAGUGAAAAGCUUCAGUUACAGUGAAAUGAAACAUGCUACAAACUAUUUUGAUGUCGGCAGUGAAGUUGGGCAGGGGGGGUAUGGAAAGGUGUAUAAAGGUGUCUUCACUGAUGGGACAGUUGUCGCCAUUAAACGAGCCCAGGAGGGAUCACUACAAGGGGAAAAGGAGUUUCUCACAGAAAUAGAGUUGUUGUCUAGGUUACAUCAUAGAAAUCUGGUUUCUUUGCUUGGAUUCUGCGAUGAAGAAGGCGAGCAGAUGUUGGUUUACGAGUUCAUGCCUAAUGGCACUCUCAGAGAUCACUUAUCAGUUACAGAAAAGUAUAAAGAAUCGUUGAGUUUUGGGAUGAGAUUGAGAAUUGCAUUGGGGUCUGCAAAGGGCAUUCUUUACCUACAUUCUGAAGCUGAUCCUCCAAUAUUCCAUAGAGAUAUUAAGGCCACAAACAUCUUGCUCGACUCAAAACUUGUUGCAAAAGUUGCUGAUUUUGGACUUUCAAGACUCGCUCCGGUUGCUGACCUGGAAGGUGUUGUCCCUGGUCAUGUAUCAACAGUUGUCAAGGGAACUCCGGGGUAUCUUGAUCCUGAAUAUUUCCUGACUCAUAAACUAACAGAUAAAAGCGACGUCUAUAGUUUGGGUGUUGUUUUUCUUGAACUGUUAACGGGAAUGCACCCAAUCACACAUGGGAAGAACAUCGUACGAGAGGUUAAUAUUGCGUAUCGAUCGGGGAUGAUAUUCUCAGUGAUUGAUGCAAAAAUGGGAUCUUAUCCGUCUGAAUGUGUGGAAAAGUUUGUGACAUUGGCCCUGAAAUGUUGUAAGGAGGACACGGAUGAACGACCAUCGAUGGCGGAAGUUGUUCGGGAACUGGAAAAUAUUCGACAAAUGAUGCCGGAAUCGGACUCAAGAAUCAUGAAUUCCAUUGAUAUCGAAGCGGGGAAGAAUGCGAAUGCGCCUUCUUCUCAGUCUUCAUCUUCUACAACAAAGAACGGCCACCCUUAUGUUUCUUCAGAUAUCUCGGGAAGUGACCUUGUGAGUGGUGUUGUCCCCACCAUUGCACCUAGAUGAACAAACAAAACCAUGUAUUCUUUUAUGUUGUGUCCACAAUAUUGUAUGUAGAUUGUAGACACAAUAAAUAGUGUUUUAAGGAAG